AGGUUUUAAAGCAGCUCAGCUCCGUCAAUCUCCUCCUCCCUCCUCCUAAUCUCUUCCACUCCCUCCUCCUAAACCAGAGCAUCAAAUGGCGCUUACCUUCUCAGAUCUACACACAGAGCAGGGUGUCAAAUCCGUGGAGGAGCACCUCGCCGGAAAAACCUACAUUUCCGGAGAUCAGUUGUCUGUGGAUGAUGUGAAGGUAUACGCUGCCGUUUCGGAGAAACCCAGCGAUGCUUUCCCCAAUGCUAGCAGGUGGUACGAUUGCGUCGCUUCCCACCUUGCUAAAAGCUUCCCUGGAAAAGCCGUUGGAGUGAGUAUCGGUGGCUCUGCUGCUGCUCCUCCUGCUCAAGCUGAGGCACCUGCAUCAGCUGUAGCUGAGGAUGAUGAUGAUGACAUGGAUCUGUUCGGUGAUGAGACCGAGGAGGAAAAGAAAGCUGCAGAGGAGAGGGAGGCUACUAAGAAGGACACCAAGAAGCCUAAAGAGAGUGGAAAGUCCUCUGUGCUCAUGGAAGUGAAGCCAUGGGAUGACGAGACAGAUAUGAAGAAACUUGAGGAGUGCGUUCGUGCUGUUGAGAUGCCUGGUCUUCUAUGGGGAGCUUCAAAAUUGGUUCCAGUUGGUUACGGUAUCAAGAAGCUCACGAUCAUGCUCACAAUUGUUGAUGACCUCGUCUCCCCUGACAACCUCAUUGAAGACUAUCUCACCAGUGAACCUAACAACGAGUACAUCCAGAGUGUUGACAUCGUUGCAUUCAACAAGAUCUAAGAGACUUUAAAACCUCUCCCUACCCCCACAAACAAUACAUUUGAUUUCUUUCCAAGUUUUUUUUAUUUUUCUGCUGUUUGCUUGUUUUCUAGUUGCAAGGGCUCUUUCAUGUUACUAGAAACAUAAACUAUCAAUACUAUUUUAUUUCUUUA